AUGGCCAUGGUGGCUCCGGUCGCGAUCGGUACACGGGGCACGGUGGGCUCGCUCGUGAGGAAGGAAAUCGAGUAUUUCAGCAAGGUCUGCGGUACUAGUUCGCAGGUGGAAGAGGCCGAUUCGAGGAGGGGGUAUUUCAGACUCGGUUUUCGGUUCUUGGCGGCGUCAUGGAGGAGGAAGAAGCGGCUCGUGCCGAGGAUAUGCUCGGCCGUGGAAGUUGCCGAGAGGAGCUACGGGGUGAGGAAUGAAGUCCCAGGUUUCAAUUACAGGGUGCUUAAGGAUGAAUUAUGA